GUGAUGGGCCCAGCCAAGACAGGACCCCUGGCCCGGAGGCCCGACAACUCGGCCUUCAAGCAGCAGCGUCUUCCUGCCUGGUCGCCCAUGCUAACGGCUAGCACGGUGCUGCCUUUUUUCUACUUCAUGGCUCUGAUAUGUUUGCUGCUGGGAGUGUGGCUGCUGCUUACUGUGCAGAGCGUACAGGAAGUCAGGGUGGACUACACAGACAAUGGCGCAUGUGCCAUUUGUCACGAUAUGCGAAAGAACGUGAGCAAUGCAGCAAAGACCUGCACUUGCAAACUGGACUUUCACAUCGACAAGACCUUCAAGGGAGAUGUCUUUUUCUACUACGGCCUCCAAAACUUCCACCAGAACCUGCGCCGGUACAUGGACUCCAGAGACGACGGGCAGACUGUUGGCAGGAAGACCAACCUGAAGAAACCAAGUUCUUAUUGCAAACCAUUCGCUACAAACGAUAAAGGACUGCCCAUUGCUCCCUGUGGCGCUGUGGCCAACAGUAUCUUUAAUGAUACCUUUCUUUUCAAAUAUCACAGGUCACCCAGUUCCGAAUAUUUGCUGCCCCUGUUACGGAAGGGCAUCAGCUGGUACACGGACAAAAACGUCAAGUACCGCAACCCCCAGACAGACAACUUGAGCCUGGCUGAAGUCUUCCAAGGCACGGUCCAGCCGCCCUACUGGCAGAAGCCCGUAUACGAGCUGGACACAAAUGACCCCAUCAACAACGGCUUCAUCAACGAGGACCUCAUUGUGUGGAUGAGGGAGGCGGCCUUCCCCAACUUCAAGAAGCUCUAUGGCGUCUUACACCGAGCCAACAAGCCCUUCCAAAGCGGCCUUCCCAAAGGGAACUACAGUGUGGAGAUAACCUACAACUUCCCCGUGCAGUACUUCCGUGGCAGAAAGCAGGUAGUCCUGACUACGCUGAACUGGUUUGGAGGGCCCAAUUGGUUCCUGCCCAUCGCCUACUUGGUCACCAGCAGCCUGGUCCUACUGGCUGCCGUCACCCUCACCGUGGUCUGGUGGAAGUUUGGCAAAAAUGGGAAGAACAUGGAGGAGUGACGGGUAAGAGGAUGGACUUGUGGUCGUGAUUAAUUAAAGGCCCCUUUCUGCCUUUACCCCUGCUCAGGUUUGACAUAUUUAACAAUACAUUUAUUAAAACUACACUAUUGUACUGCGGGCUGAAUUUUGGAUACAUUUAUGAAAUGUUUUUUACAUCAAAGGAUUGAAAAUGUCCAGUGGGAUAUGCUGUGAUCAUCGUGCAUUUCUUUGCAGCUCUUGUACUCGUGUAUAUAUAUUUCUGCAAAUGUUUUAAUAUAUCUUUUUAUGGGAUAACACUAGACACAACACUUUGAUAUCAUGUAAAGUAGUCCAUGUACAGCUUGGAUAACAUUUACCACAUUUACUUUCCCCUCAAAAUAGCUGGUCACACAGCAAUCCAUGUUUAAACCCCAGACAACAAAAGUAUGUAAAAGUAUUCAUGAGAAUGUCCAAAGUGUGAAUAUUUAGUGUGGGAUAUCAUUAUUUUCCAACACUGCCUUAUGUCUCUUUUGCAUGGAGUUCACUACAGCAUCACAGGUUGUCUCUGGUGGCUAACAGCGGCCCUGGCCAAUAGCAGUCAUCAUAAAUACAUUGAAAAAUGAACAGUUAAUACAUGUGAUCGGUAUCGGCCGCUCUUGCUCAUGGAUGAUCAGUAUCGGAAUCGGCGGCAUACAGUAAAAGCCAGAUCGGAGCAUCCCCGGUUAAUGACGUGUUGGUACAUGUCAGGAAACUUGGCAAUAAGUGGUGAUAAAACCACAUUUCCAAUGUGCUCAUACUGUUUUUAUGACAUGUCAAAAGGAUAGUCAAGUAUAAUCAAAAGUGACAAAUUCUCUUUAAUGACCACCACCGGCGCGCCAGACAAUAUAUAAUAUAAACAAGUACAACAAUGAUAAGCCACUCCCACAAAACAACAAACACACAGGCAGAAAUACAAGCAAGUGAUUUUAGCACAGUACCUUUUUGUUUUACUAGAACAUUCCACUGUCUUAAAAAAAAGUUUGCUUUGUAAGACUUAAAAUGUUCAUUCUGGGGAUACAAAAAGGCAACAUUUGGUCUGCAGGCUGGGGGGAGGGAGCCUCCUGGUGCCCCUUAAGGGGGUGGUUGGUUGACGCCAUCUCCUCAUCAGCAGGAUGUGAAUUCAAAAAUAAAUAGCGGGGGAAUCCUAUUAAGAGGUUUUGCAGUGAUGCAAUUUCAAGAACUGUACACUAUUUCAAGUUAAGACGUAAGACAACGCGUACCGUGGAUUACUAACAAGGACGUCAGUGUGUGCGUGUCUGCAAUUAUUCAAUCAUCACAUCUACGUUUGUAACAGAAAAUCACAGCUUCACAGAAUCACAGAUGGGGAAAAAGGGUUAAAAAAAAAAAUCAAACAGUAGUCUUCACGCUUGUUGUUUUCUAUGCUCCUGCCUCGAUGUCCACCUACGAGGCCCAAACAUUCAUCUCUGUGGUUUCAGUGAUCUGACUGGAAUGGGCACCUCAGCACAAGCAAAUCCACGGCAGGGACAUCACUUAGGUAGUGUUUGUUAGCGCCCCCUCUUCAGCUCCGCCCCCUGAGGCACCUGAUAGGUUAUGUCCCCGGUGGGCGCAUCCUGCCCGGCAGCAGCGUUUUUGGGCGUGUCGUAUGCUGACCUCCCCGACUGGCAGCUGUCUGUCUGUGCCGGUAGCUGGGUGGGCCCGCCUGCGAAACUGCCCCCUGUGGAGGGUUGGACCCCAGAUGGGUGGCACCCCAUAUCCACCACAAUGGGUGUGGCGUACUCUGCCCCUGUGGCCGGCAGGGGCUCGGCGUAAGCGUGGUACACAUCCGGUGAGAUGGGGGCAUCAUAGAGGUCAGGGUCGCUGUAUCCCGGGUCGGGACCCUCAUCUGGUUUAAAGGUGGACCGUGCACCCAAUGUUGUUACGCCGCUCACCAGGGGCUGGGCGUACUCUGUAAACAGACACUGGCUCUUAAUAUUUGAAAACAUUACAUUACAUACAUAGAUGAUCAAAGUAUCAAUUAUCCAUCCAUCCAUCCAUCUUCUUGGCUUAUCCGAGGUUGGGUCGCAGGAGCAGCAACCUAAGCAUGGAAGCCCAGACUUCCCUCUCCCCGGCUACUUCGCCCAGCUCCGCCCAGCUCCUCCCAACAGAUGUUGAGGUGUUCCCAGGCCAGUUGAGAGACAUCGUCUCUCCAAAGUGUCCUGGGUCUUCCACGAGGCCUCCUACUCAACACUUCCCCAUGGAGGUGUCCAGGAGGCAUGCGGACUAGAUGCCCGAGCCACCUCAACUGGCUCCUCUCAAUGUGAAGGAGCAGUGGCUACUCUGAGCCCCUCCUGGAUGACCGAACUCCUCACCCUAUCUCUCAGGGUGAGUCCAGCCACCCUACGGAGGAAACUCAUUUCAGUCGCGAUCUCAUUCUUUUUUUGCCGUCCGGCUCAGCUCUGUCUUCACCACGACUGUCUGGUACAGCGGCCACAUUACUGCAGAUGCUGCGCCGAUCCGACCUCACACUCCAACCUUCCCUCACUCGUGAACAAGACCCCGAGAUACUUAAACACCCCCUCCUGGGGCCUCUGUUUUGGGUGGCGGUUGAGGGCGGGCACCUGGGCGCCCUGCGUGAAACCAUCUUCACCACCUGGAGCAACAUUGCCACUAGCCUCCUGGAAACACUGGCAUCAAACAUGCUCGAAACAAUUUUUGAGGUGAUUACCAAGAAUGGCACAGCUACUCAUUACCGAGUCCUUUUUUGAAUAGUUUAUUUCUAUUUUAGGGGGGUUUCGGGUAAUUUUAGCUAUGGUCUUAAAAAUUUAAACUGUUUCACUUUAAUGCGUGUUUGCAAUAAAUUGCUUACUCAAUUUUUUUUUGGUCUCACUCCUAUUUCUUCUUUUUGAAGCUCAAUUUAGAACCUCAAGAUCCAACAUUGCAAAACGUAAAUGUAAAUUCUUACAGUUUUUCAACUCAUCUUAUUUUGAGCCCA